GGCCGGGCACCCAGCCUCCUGCCCCACCCCCUGGCGUCGGCACCGCGGGCCAUCUGGGGCCACUGCCCCCGGCUGCGCCCUCCGCGCCGGCCAGGCCCUGGAGGGACUCGGGAGCUGCCGCCGGCAUCAGCCCAUGGCCCGGAGGUACGAUGAGCUGCCCCACUACCCCGGCAUCGUGGACAGCACCGCAGCCCUGGCUGGCUUCUCAGAGGCGGUGUCCUCGGCACCAAGAGCCCCCGCGCCCUAUGGCCCCCACCGGCCUCCCCAGCCCCCAGGCUUGGACAGUGACGGCCUGAGGAGGGAGAAAGAUGAGAUCUAUGGCCACCCUCUCUUCCCGCUGCUGGCCCUGGUCUUUGAGAAAUGUGAAUUGGCCACGUGUUCUCCCCGUGAUGGGGCUGGGACUGGGCUGGGCACACCCCCGGGCGGUGACGUCUGCUCCUCCGAUUCCUUCAAUGAAGACAUUGCAGCCUUUGCCAAGCAGGUCCGCUCCGAGAGGCCCCUCUUCUCCUCCAACCCAGAGCUGGACAAUCUGAUGAUACAGGCCAUUCAAGUGCUCCGCUUCCACCUAUUGGAGCUGGAGAAGGUCCACGACCUGUGCGACAACUUCUGUCACCGCUACAUCACCUGCCUCAAGGGGAAGAUGCCCAUCGACCUGGUCAUCGAGGAUCGGGACGGCAGCUGCAGAGAGGACCUCGACGAUUACCCAGCCUCCUGCCCCAGCCUCCCAGACCAGAAUACAACAUGGAUUAGAGACCAUGAAGACAGUGGGUCUGUACAUUUGGGGACCCCAGGUCCAUCCAGUGGGGGCCUGGCCUCCCAGAGUGGGGACAACUCCAGUGACCAAGGAGAUGGACUGGACACCAGCGUGGCCUCUCCCAGCUCUGGGGGAGAGGACGAGGAGCUGGACCAGGAGCGGCGGCGGAACAAGAAGAGAGGGAUCUUCCCCAAGGUGGCCACCAACAUCAUGAGAGCCUGGUUGUUCCAGCACCUCUCGCACCCGUACCCCUCAGAGGAGCAGAAGAAGCAGCUGGCACAGGACACGGGGCUUACCAUCCUGCAAGUGAACAACUGGUUCAUUAACGCCCGGCGUCGCAUCGUGCAACCAAUGAUCGAUCAAUCCAACCGCACAGGGCAGGGUGCAGCCUUCAGCCCAGAGGGCCAGCCCAUGGCGGGCUACACGGAAACUCAGUCACACGUGACCGUCAGGCCGCCAGGAUCAAUGGGGAUGAGUUUGAACUUAGAAGGAGAGUGGCAUUAUCUAUAGAGGCUGAAGUCAGGAGAAAUACCCCACCCUCUGGACUGUGACCGCUUCAGGCUCUUACCUGCUUCCAGUUACCACCUGGCCCACCUCCUACGGCCCCCCCAACUCAAUGCCUACCUCCCUGGGACCCUGCUGUGACAUGAGGGGCCUGAGCGCCCACUCGAGGGUCUCUCAAGGACAAAGACAAGGCCUUCUGGCCCUGCACCCCACUUGUGCCCUCACCUCUGCCCAAAACCCAAGCUGAGAUCCCAGACCUGGGUCUACAGAAGAUGGUGGCUGGGGAACCCCUGACUCCCAGGACAGAGAAGGGAUUGGGGGUGGGCUGGGGCCAUCAGGGAAGGAAGGUCACUUGGAUCUGACAUUUGGGGAGGUUCCCGUCAUCCUCCCAGCCCACCACCCUCUUUCCCCUCUCCCCCUACCUCCCUCUUCUGUUAUCUUCUCUCUCUCUUUUUUUUUUUUUUUUAAAUGAUAAAGUCUUAA